GCUACACCAACAGUUUCUCGCUUUCACCAGGUCGCCUGGCCGCCACUGAUCAGGGUUUUCGGUUACUCUGUUUCUCCUUUGUACCUCUGAAAUCGAAACACUCUAUCUCCCGGAAUGACGAAAUUCAGAAAGUUAGGUCGACCCACUGGUCACCGUAUGUCCAUGCUCAGGACAAUGGUCUCUCAAUUGGUGAAGCAUGAGCGCAUUGAGACCACCGUUGCUAAGGCAAAGGAGGUUCGACGACUCGCUGAUAAUAUGGUGCAGCUUGGGAAAGAGGGUUCCCUUUGUGCUGCAAGGCGUGCGGCUGCGUUUGUGAGAGGGGAUGAUGUUAUUCACAAGCUAUUUACAGAACUUGCUUAUCGUUACAAGGAUCGAGCAGGUGGUUACACAAGACUGCUACGAACUCGUAUAAGAGUUGGUGAUGCUGCACCAAUGGCAUACAUUGAGUUUAUUGAUAGAGAAAAUGAGCUUAGGCAGUCGAAACCACCAACUCCUCAACCACAACAAAGAGAACCUUUGGAUCCCUGGGCAAGAUCUCGGCUCAGCAAACAAUUUGCACCUCCUAAGGAAGAAAAGAGUUCUGAACCUGAGAUAUGAUAGUCAUCCACAUUCUUUUCAAGAUUUUGAUUUUGGUAACUUAAGAUUUUGACAAUGUAUCUGUAUUCUGUACGUGAUCAGGUUGUUCCAGCAUAGCAACAUUAUGAGCUUUUUUUUCCAUGAGAUACAUGGAUAAGCUAUAAUAUAUCAUCAUGCAUUUGACAAUAAUGAGAAAUAGCCAAGAACUGGA